GGAUCUCUAAAUUCUUCCGUCACACUUUCCCCUCCAUCCCUCCGUCGUGCUAUCCUUUCCGUUUACGGCGUCGUUUUUCCCACCUUCUUCGCCGAUCCCGGCAUAUCACAACCGACCAACCACCGCCCCUCCGCCGCAUCUCCAUAAAUCUCCUUUCUCCCAAAACAAAAAGAGAUAGGAGCAAUUUUUUUUUUUUUUUACACAGUUUCAUUCGAUCGAGCUUGUGCUCUUCUUUCUCCAUACGCUUUGCUGCUUUUGAUUUUUGUUAGAGUGUGCAAAGUCAAAUUUCGUUAUUUGAUUCUCGGGUUUGUUGCAAUGUGGAAUGUCAGAAUCUAGACACCAGUUCUAGAAAUGGCGAUUCAAAUCUUUGAUUUAAAGAUUUCUCGAAUUUGAUGAAAAGGAAACAGUGAAAUGAUGAGCGAUCAAGUGACUUAGGUGGCACUGAUCUCGCGGAAGCAAAGAUUGCGAUCUAAGCUUCCGGUUUUUCGAGUUGCUUUUUGAAACUUGAAUUCUCCGUUGUUUCUUUUUUUGGGAAUUUGGUCGACCGUGAGGAGGCGGAGAUGUCGAAGGUCGUGUACGAAGGGUGGAUGGUGAGGUAUGGCCGGAGGAAGAUUGGAAGAUCAUACAUUCAUAUGCGGUAUUUCGUGCUCGGGACUCGCCUUCUCGCUUAUUACAAGAAAAAGCCUCAAGAUAAUCAGGUUCCAAUCAAGACCUUCUUAAUAGAUGGAAUCUGUCGGGUGGAGGAUCGUGGCUUGAAGAGUCACCAGGGACAUAUGCUUUACGUUUUGUGUGUAUACAACAAGAAAGAGAAGCAUCAUAGACUCACGAUGGCAGCAUUCAACAUCCAGGAGGUACUUAUCUGGAAGGAAAAAAUUGAAUCAGUAAUUGAUCUGCUUCAAGAGUCACAAAUUGCAAACGGUCACAAAUAUGUUUCUUUUGAAUAUAAAGCUGGAAUGGAUAAUGGGAGGAAUGGGUCUUCAUCAGACCAUGAAAGUCAGUUCAGUGCUCAGGAGGAUGAAGAUGAUGCCCAACUGAAUUUGUCACGCAGAAUAACAAUUGGAAAUGGUCCUCCUGAUUCAAUGUUGGACUGGACAAAAGAAGUUGACUCAGAGUUGUCAAACCAAAGUACCAACAACCAAGCAUUUUCAAGAAAGCAUUGGCGUCUUCUACAGUGCCAAAAUGGACUUCGCAUUUUUGAAGAGCUUCUUGAAGUUGAUUACCUUCCAAGAAGCUGUAGUAGGGCAAUGAAGGCUGUAGGUGUUGUAGAGGCUACUUGUGAAGAAAUAUUUGGGCUUGUAAUGAGCAUGGAUGGAACACGAUUUGAGUGGGAUUGCAGUUUCCAGCAUGGUAGCUUAGUUGAAGAGGUAGAUGGGCACACAGCAAUACUCUAUCAUAGACUUCAAUUGGACUGGUUCCCCAUGCUCGUGUGGCCUCGCGACCUUUGUUAUGUGCGUUACUGGCGUCGAAAUGAUGAUGGAAGUUAUGUUGUGUUAUUCCGUUCUAGGGAGCAUCAGAACUGUGGUCCAGAGCCAGGAUAUGUGCGGGCUCAUCUUGAGAGUGGAGGAUUCAACAUUUCACCUCUAAAACCUCGAAACGGAAUGCCUAGAACGCAGGUGCAGCACCUAAUGCAGGUUGAUUUGAAAGGAUGGGCUGUGGGUUACAUUUCAUCAUUUCAGCAACAUUGCCUUCUUCAGAUGUUAAACAGUGUUGCAGGACUGCGUGAAUGGUUUUCCCAAACAGAUGAAAGGGGUGCUCCUCCAAGAAUCCCAGUUAUGGUUAACAUGGUCUCAGCUUCUGGUUCUUCAAAGGGGACUCAGAAGAUAGGCGGGUCAUCUGUUAAUACUGCCCGUUCUCUCGAUCAAAUGAAUCCUGUAAGCAGGAGCUCUAUGAUUUUGGAUGAAGACUCUGAUGAGGAUGAAGAAUAUCAAAUAGCAGAGAUAGAAGAGGCAUCGUCAAGUGAGAAUGACAUUAAGAAAACAGCCUUGGAAGAAGAGCCAGUUGAGCAAAUUGAUUUAUCAUGCUUUUCGGGUAAUCUACGACGUGAUGACCGUGAUAAUGGUCGUGAUUGCUGGAAAAUAUCUGAUGGUAACAACUUCCGAGUUCGUAGCAAGAAUUUUUGUUAUGACAAGUCAAAGGUUCCUGCCGGAAAGCACUUAAUGGAUCUUCUUGCUGUUGAUUGGUUUAAAGAUACAAAAAGAAUGGACCAUGUUGCAAGGCGUCAAGGUUGUGCUGCACAAGUUGCUUCAGAAAAGGGCCUUUUCUCUUUGGUUAUAAAUCUUCAAGUUCCUGGUUCAACACACUACAGUAUGGUAUUCUAUUUUGUGACAAAGGAAUUGCUACCUGGAUCUCUCUUGCAACAUUUUGUUGAUGGUGAUGAUGAAUUCCGCAAUAGUAGGCUGAAGCUUAUUCCAUCGGUUCCAAAAGGAUCAUGGAUUGUUCGCCAGAGUGUUGGAAGCACCCCUUGUUUAUUGGGAAAAGCAGUUGACUGCAACUAUAUCCGGAGUCCUAAAUACUUAGAGAUUGAUGUUGACAUAGGGUCCUCAACUGUUGCUAAUGGUGUUUUGGGGCUUGUCAUUGGCGUCAUUACAACACUGGUGGUUGACAUGGCUUUUCUUGUACAGGCCAAUACUACAGAUGAACUACCAGAACGGCUAAUUGGUGCGGUCCGUGUUUCUCACAUAGAGCUUUCAUCUGCAAUAGUUCCAAAGCUAGAACCAGAUCCCUCAUGAUUGAUGAAACCGUUGACUCUUUGCUGAUUCCACACAACAUUUGUUCGGAUACACUUGUAUUCGAUUCCCCAUUUUGCUUUCUCUCUGUUUUACAGGAAUUUUCAAAUUGGAUUUACAUUUUUUUUUUCUUUUUGAUGUAGUUGACUUACAUUUCUUGAUAAAAGUAGUGAAAGGGAAAUGAAAUCCCAUGUUUUGAUGUUUUAUUCUUGUUAAAAGCUUAGAAGAUUAGGUUAAUCAUGGUAUUUCUGGAUCCCCAGUGGUCGAUCUGCCUUUUUUGUAUUGAGAACUUAUUGUGUAGUUUUAAGGUCUGGCAAUCAGAAAAUCUAUUUUGGAACAGGUUCACUUUGUUGAUUCAAAAUUUGAUUUUGAUAUGGAAACUGCAAGAAAAUCAGGCUCAACAA